GUCGGCGGCGGCGGCGCGGCAGAGACAGGCUGCUCUCCGUGGCACAGGCACCUGCUGCUGCUGCUGCUGCUGCUGCUCGCGCCAACCAGUGCGUGCGUGUGAUCGAUUGCUCGCGCCACGCAGGUGAGUCUCGAGCGAGCGAGCGGGCGAGCAAGACGACGACGACGACGACGACGACGACGACGACGACGGAGUUCUCCUCGCUCUUUUCUGUCGCGAACGAGGCGAAGGUUACGGGGUGCCCGCCAACACACCGCGGCCAGGCCGCAGAGAGGAGUCGGCGUCGAGCGCGAUGGGCCGAUAGGAGGCGGCGCCGCGCGUCCCCGUCGCCGUCGGCCGACGCGACAUCAUGGCCACGCCACCGGACUCGCCAGGCCCCGAGGAGGCGCUCUACGAGUUCGAGAGCGCGCGCGCCAGGCAGCAGACCACCAGGCCCGUCGCCCUCGAGGAGCUGCUCCGCCAGACCAAGUUCUCCAGGCAGGAGAUUCGCGUGAUGUACCGUGGAUUCAAGCAGGAGUGUCCUGAGGGUCUCGUUCACGAGGACUGCUUCAAGGACAUCUACGCCAAGUUCUUCCCGCACGGCAGAUCUGCUGGUCACGCUGUCGACGCUGCUGCGCGGCAGCAUCUACGAGAAGCUGCGCUGGACCUUCAAGCUGUACGACAUCAACGGCGACGGCUGCAUCACGCGCGGCGAGCUCGGCGAGGUCAUAUCCGCGGUGCACGAGCUCAUGGGCCGCAAGCACCGCGAGACCGAGGAGAGGCAGGCGAGGGACCAGCUCGACCGGGUCUUUCGCAAGCUCGACCUCAAUCAGGACGGCGUCAUCACCAUCGAGGAGUUCAUGGAAAGCUGUCUGAAGGACGAGAUAAUCACACGUUCGCUGGCGAUGUUCGACAACGAGGUGCUCUGAUCAGACGACGGCGCCUCCUCGCAAGGGGGAGGCGCCUCGUCACAGCAACAACAGCAGCAGCCGCAUCGGCAGUGCGUGGCGUCUGGCUCGCGCAACGCGGAAGAGUCGUCACCGAAGUCGCUUAUCAAUAUGAACACGCCUUCGUCAUCGCGACAUCAGAUGCAGCCUCAGCAGCAGCAGCAGCAGCAGCAGCAGCAGCAGCAGCAGCAGCAGCAGCAGCAACAGCAGCAGCAUCAGCAGCAGCAGCAGCAGCAGCAGCGAAGACCGAUAGCGACGGAAGUGCUAUCGGCCACAGCGACGUGGUCGACCUUCUCGUCGUCCUCGCCGUCGCCGCCGCCUUAUCAGGAGCUGCGACAAAGAACCAGCGCUGCUGCCAGUGCCGCGACUACCGCGAAUGCGACCUCCGGCGCUGCGUCGUCGCUGCUUUGCUAAGACAUCAUUUGUUGAGUCUUCCCUCUUCCCCCCCCCCCCCCCCCCCAAUCGCCCGCCCACUCAUCCACCCGUCGCCCUUCGACCGAAUACCUUUGUCGCGUUUGACCCACAUAGGCGCACGUAGUUUUUCUUACCACGAGAGCCACCGUCGAGAUGGUUUCGAGGAUGACGGGCCGCUCCGUCGUCGACGCGCGCGCGCGUUAAUUACACCGCAGCUUACCCCCUCAGCCGCAUGCCAUUCCGAAUUCCAAGAUGUAUAUCGCGAGAGCAAUACGCGCGGGGAAGCUGCGGAGAGUGAAACGGCGUGCGCCACGCGAGGAAACCGGAAGGUGCGGCGAACGAAAGGCGCUUCAAGUGACUGACAAAUAAGAAAAAAAAACAAACAAAACGAUCGCGAAGGGACUUAACAAACUAUUUGCCGACGAGCAGCAGGGAAUACGAAAAGCAGUGCGUAACCGAAAAGGCAACGAAACUUGGGGAGCACACACGUGACGUAACGAAUCGAGAACCUCGACGGAGAGAGAACACGACGGUUCGACAUGUGCCAAAAAAACAAAAGAGGAAAAACAAAAAAGAAAUUUAAAAAAAUAUAUCGUUUUAGAAAUGUAAUUAAGGUGCGUUAUUUCAAUAAGAACACUUAUAUCGUUAACAUAGGCAAAACAAAAUAUAUACGCGUGGCUGUGAAUCCAACAAAAAACAAGCGUCCAAUACAGUGUAAUAAUUAAAACAAAAGAGGGAAAAAAAGCCACUCGCGAAUCGGUGCAAUAGUCGAAAGAAAGGAGGAGCGAUAAGCGCGUGUGGACGACCUCUUUCUGCUCGAGCCUUUUGUCUGUAAAACUCCCUGGCGCGCGCGUCAAGCCAGAGGGAAGCGAUUGCGAUCUUCGCUACUUGUAACCACAAUGGCGCGACGGCUCUCUUUGUCGCCCUCUCGCUCGUCCGAAACACGGCGAGCCGCGCGAGUAUCGCAUCCGAGCAACGGCGUCGCGGUCCGACCGAACGGCGACGAGCUCGGGGCGCGAGGGAGGAUCUUUUAGCCUUUCCCGAGCAGAGGCGAGAAAUUUUUCUACGUGUCGGCGGUCAUAAUUUUUCUGUUCGUCAAAGGCAAAAAGAACGGGAGAACGUACUUCGACGUUUCAGGAGGAGAGGGCGAGCAAUCGAUUUUCCCCCAAUUUCCUUCGGCCCCGCGAACAAAAGGCGGAUACUUACCUUUCGUAUGGUGGCUCGUUAUCGACAGAAGAACAAAGGAAAGACAGCGACAGCGGAUUUUGCGCGCGAUACGAAAAAAAAAAAACAAAUCGGUUUUUUCAGUCACACUAGCCAUUUGUAACAAAAGAUAUAGAGAGCAAACGAGAAUUACGCAUUACAAGAAUAAAAUGAAAAAAAAAUUAAUAAAUCAAUUUUGUAAAAUUCGUUGUCAGGGUAGCUAGUCGAUUAAGCACGUUAAUUAUAAUCUAAUUACGAAUCAUUACGUAUCUUAUAUCACGAUUUAAUGUUGUAGGGACUUAGGAAGCAGAAUAACAGAAAAAGGUGCGCUCAAUUCUCUUUCUUAUUUCAGCGUAGAGCGUUCGUUUUUGAAAAAAAAAACAAAAAAAAAACGAAGCGAAGAAAAUUCGUUCGUCGUGCUCUUAGUGUUUAAAGAAAGGUGCGAUGUCGCGGAGGCUGCAUCGACAAAUGCGAAAUGAAAAGAAUGAUCAAGAGGGAGCGACGCGCGUAACGACGAUUGAGGAGAAGAAAAAAACACCAAGAUAGUAUAACAAUAUAAAAGCACCCUCGCAUCGCCUUUGAACCACCGAAUAAAAAAAAAAAACAAAAAAUAAAAAAAAAUGCUGCGAUGGACGAAUUACGUACCUCUGCGACAAUGAAUUUCGAGGGAGAAGUCGUCUAUUUGUAAAGCUCGUUUCUUCGCGAAUGAAUUUCCCGUUGUUGUUGCGCGAAUGAACGAGAAGUUGCAGGUUAGACGAUUUACGUUCCACUUCGAUUUCAAUGGGUUGCCAAGCCAAAGUGGCUACCUUGACAACCUGCCGUUCAAGUUUUCGAUCAAACUGAUUUACGUAUAGUAUACGUGAGUGGGUUUUACGUUAGACUGUUUAUCUUUCUAACUUGAGUUCGUUGAUUUUGACAUUUUAAUUUUGCUUUUGCGUUUUUUCAUAAUCAGUUUGUUCGUUAAUAAAAAGUGAAAUUCCAUAUUUCAUUAUACCUUAUUGGACGUUUGCGUGGAAUAAUUUUUAUUAUCUUAUAUAGCUUUGUGACUUUUGACAAACCAAUCAAAAACAAAAAAAAAACUCCAAUAAUCUGUUGUGUUGUAUAUUCUGGUUUUAUCCAUGUUUACCGUUGAUAAAUACCGUUUAUAUAUACGAUAUAUAAAUCUAUAUAAAAACAAAUGUAUAAUUAAGAUUAUCCAAGCCCCUUUGCUGGAAAAUUUACCUUUAAAAACAAAUCUUUAGAACUCUUAAGACUUCCGAUAAACUUUUUUGCUCGGCGAAAACUUUGUAUACCGAAAAACUUUUAACGAUGAAACGUGCGAGCCUUCUUUGAACUAAAAAAACCUUUCUAUAUAAACUUAUGCACCUUUAUAGAUGAAUGAAAAUACAUUAACCGGAAGAACAAAAAAAAAAGAAA